AAAUACAUAUUGAUUGACAUUUUUAGUAGUAGUUUAAAUUUCUGAUCCUAAAUAGAAAAAAAUCAUACAAAGAGAAUGCUAUUUAAUUUACGAUUUAUCAAGCAUCUUCAUAGAAAACUGUAUCUAAAGGGUUGCUACUACAGCACAGAAUCAACAAAAGAUCUGACGAAAGUACGAAAUAUUGGUAUAUCAGCUCACAUUGAUUCUGGAAAAACCACACUAACAGAAAGAAUUCUCUAUUAUACUGGUCGAAUAUCUAGCAUGCAUGAGGUACGUGGAAAAGACAACAUUGGAGCUACUAUGGACUUCAUGGAAUUAGAAAGACAACGGGGUAUUACAAUUCAGUCUGCUGCUACAUACACAAACUGGAAGGAUCAUAAUAUUAACAUUAUUGAUACACCUGAGUCAAACACUCACAGUAAAUCGACAAAUGAAACGCUACAAUGUGCCUUGCAUUGGUUUUAUUAAUAAACUUGAUAGAAUGGGAGCAAAUCCUGCUAAAGUUUUGUCACAACUGAAAAACAAGCUUCAUUUUAAUGCUGCUUUUCUUCAAUUACCAAUAGGACUUGAAAAAAACUUUCAAGGCAUUAUAGAUUUAAUUUUACAACGUGCAAUUUAUUUUGAAGGAGAUUUUGGGAACAAUGUUAUCGUAAAAGACAUACCUGUUGAGAUGAGAGCAGAAGCUAUUGACAAAAGAGAGGAGCUUAUUGAAGCAGUUGUAAAUGCUGAUGAGAUACUUGGUGAGAUUUUCUUACAAGAAAGAAAGCCAUCAAAUGAAGAAUUAAAGGCUGCAAUAAGAAGAGCAACAAUAAGCAGGACAUUUACUCCUAUCUUGCUUGGUUCUGCACUUAAGAAUAAAGGGGUUCAAACAAUGCUUGAUGGUGUAGUUGACUACUUGCCUCACCCAAAAGAAAAAAGCAAUUAUGCUUUGGAUGCUUCAAACAAUGAAGAAAAAAUAUUACUUGAUUCUUCUGGAUCAUCUGAAAAGCCAUAUGUUGGGUUAGCCUUUAAGCUAGAGGCUGGUAAUUAUGGGCAGCUUACAUACAUGCGUUCAUACCAAGGCCAGUUAGGAAAAGGAGAUAUGAUUGUAAACACGCGCACUAAAAAAAAAGUAAAAGUUCCUAGAAUAAUUCAAAUGCAUGCAAAUGUAAUGCAGGACAUUACAUCAACACAAGCUGGUGACAUAUGUGCUCUUUUUGGUGUAGAUUGUUCAUCUGGUGACACUUUUGUAUCAGAGAAUGGUCCAAAUAUUUCAAUGGAGUCAAUAUAUAUACCUGAUCCUGUCAUAUCUUUGGCUAUUGAACCAAAAAAUAAGGGUGAUAUUGAAAAUUUUUCAAAAGCCAUCAAUCGAUUUACAAGAGAAGAUCCAACAUUUAGAGUGAACUUUGACCCAGAAAGUAGAGAGACUAUCAUAUCUGGUAUGGGAGAGUUACACUUAGAGAUUUAUGCAGAGCGAAUGAGGACAGAGUACAAUUGUGAAGUUAGCACUGGUAAACCCAAAGUUGCUUUUAGGGAAACUAUGGGUAAAUCUAUGGUCAAGUUCGAAUAUCAGCACAAGAAACAAUCUGGUGGAGCUGGGCAGUUUGCAAAAAUUAUAGGGCGUAUUGAGAAAUUCACUAAGGAAAGUGAUAAUACAAAAGUUGAGUUUGAAGAUGGCACCAUUGGAAUGGCCAUUCCAAAAAAUUUCAUCCCAGCUAUUGAAAAGGGAUUUUAUGAGGCGUGUGAUCGUGGAUUUUUAUCUGGUCAUAAAAUAUGUGGGCUAAAAUUCAUACUUGAAGAUGGUGCUGCACAUGCUGUUGACUCUAAUGAUCUAGCAUUUAGGUUGGCUGCCAUAGGAGCUAUGCGAAAGGCAUUUGAGGAAUCAGCUCCACUGUUAUUAGAACCAAUAAUGACUGUGGAAGUAGUAGCCCCAAGUGAUACACAAGGCUCUGUGAUGGCCGGGUUAAAUAAAAGGAAAGGUAUGGUCACUGGUACAGAGUCUUCUGAAGAAUACUUCACAGUUUAUGCUGAGGUUCCUUUAAAUGAAAUGUUUGGUUAUUCAAGUGAAUUACGCUCAAUUACUCAGGGAAAAGGUGAAUUUAGCAUGGAAUUUAAUAAAUAUGCUGCAGCAAAUGCAUCUACGCAAGCUAAAAUAGUUGAAGAAUAUAGUGGUAACAAAGUUCAAGCAAAAGUUAAAGGAAAAAAAUAGAGAGUUUUUUAUAAUAAGUGAACAACAGUUUUGAGUUUGUGCAAGCUUCGUCCAUAAUGGUGAUAAAGAACAUUUAAAUUUAAAAACGAUUUAAACUUUGUCUGCGUUUUGUUGCUUAUAUCAAAUUACUACAAGCAAUUUAGGUUUGUAAAUAAAUUAGCCAAAAAAUCCAAUAAACUGAUAUAUCAA